AUGGCUUCGGGCGAGUCGGCACGGUUGAAAGCAAAAUCGUACCUGAUUUUUAUUGUGCUCAUCGCGACACUGGGUCCGUUUCAAUUCGGUUAUCACCUAGCCGAACUGAAUGCACCCCAGGAGGUCAUAACUUGUCAAAAGAAGAGUAUCGGAGUCAAGGCUCUUCGUCAUGGCCUUCUGCAAUGCAUCCCCAUGGACACGUCCCAGUUUGGCUUGAUCUCAUCGAUAUAUACUCUGGGUGGACUUUUGGGGGCUCUGCUAGCAGGACCUAUCUCGACCAAGUCCGGACGCCGCGUCACACUCCAGGCGACAACGGUCUUUUUCAUCCUGGGGCCUGUGACUGAGUCUCUAGCUUCUGCCAUUCCCCUUCUUGCUCUCGGCCGAUUCUUGUCUGGGAUCGGUUGUGGCGCUGCCCUCGUGGUGAGCCCUAUUUAUGUCUCUGAGGUUGCUCCUCCAAAGUCCCGCGGGUUGUUCGGAGUUGUAACCCAAGUGAUGAUCAAUGUUGGAAUUCUCUCAUCACAGGUGCUAGGGUACUUCUGGAGCCAUGAUAGCAUGUGGCGAUUGAUACUCGCGGCGGCGGGUAUCGUGGGAGUGUUAGAACUCGUGGGCCUCUUCUUGGUGCCUGAGAGCCCAGUCUGGCUGGCAGAAAACCACCAAAGAAGCCGGGCCCGGCAUGUCUUGCAGCGCAUCCGAGGCGCGGAUGCGGACAUUGAGGCCGAAAUCGCGGCUUUGGGAGAUGCUAGUGCUGUGCCGACGUCCGGUGAGGAGGAAUCUCUCCUUUCCCCGCCGUCUGACAACCAAACUCCCAAGCCGAUGGGAGUUACAAUGCUUCGGGCUGUACAGGAUCCACGCUAUCGACCCGCCAUCUUUGCCGUCGUCGUUUCCAUGCUUGCCCAGCAAUUGACCGGGAUUAACAGCCUCGUGAUGUACAGUGUUUCCAUCCUGCAGACUAUUUUGCCCACUGGGGCUGCACUGCUUACCAUCAUGACCUCCGUGAUUAAUCUCAUAGCGACGCUGGCAUGCAUGCCUUUGCCCGAUCGCAUUGGCCGUAAGACAUGCAUGCUGCUCAGUAUCAGUAGUCUGGGUUGCUGUUCCACCCUCUUGGCGCUUGGGUUUGCUUUCCAGCAGAAGGUUGUCUCUGCAGUCGCAUGCUUACUUUUUGUUGCCUGCUUUGCGGUGGGACUAGGACCGGUUCCCUUUUUACUGUCGUCUGAGUUGGUCGGACCGGAGGCAGUUGGUGCAACUCAAAGCUGGGGAUUAUCGGUCAACUGGAUGGCUACAUUUGUGGUGGCACAAUUCUUCCCCGUUGUCAAUGAUGCGCUGGGUGGCCAGGGCAGGGUAUACUGGAUUUUCGCGGCUAUGGCGGGACUCUUGGGAGUGCUUCUUUAUCGAAUCCUUCCAGAGACCCGGGGAAAAGCCAAUGCAGAUGAGGUCUGGGGUCGAGUACAGCGUCGGGAGGAUUGA